UUUCUUUUGUUAGUUAUUUUCAACAAAAGAAAAGCAGCACAGUUGGAAGCAAACAAAAGACCAACAAAAACAAAAGCCUGCUCCCUCCGGUCCCUUUUCUUCUGUUUCAUUCUUCUUUGUCUCACACUUGUCUUCUCUCCCUCUCUCUCUCCACACUUUUUCUUUCUUCUCUUCUCUUCUUUUCCUUCAAACUUCAAAUUUUUCACAUGUAACUGCUUUGCUUCGAGACCUCAAACAUUUACAUAUCAUCUCUGAUCGUUUCAAAAUAUGGAACAGCUUGUCAACUCCAUCAUUCGGCCUCCGAGAGCUGAAUAUGAUCCAAAAACUGAUUUAUUGGAUUACGAGUUCAUGCUAAAAGGGAAAUGGUUUCAACGGAAAGACGUGGAGAUAAAAAACAGCCGUGGGGAUGUUCUUCGAUGCAGCCAUUACAUGCCAAUAGUCAGUCCUAAUGGAAAGCCUCUGCCAUGUGUAAUAUAUUGCCAUGGAAACAGUGGAUGCAGGGCUGAUGCCAGUGAAGCUGCUAUAAUUUUACUUCCUUCAAAUAUUACAGUUUUUACUCUGGAUUUCUCAGGAUCGGGGAUCUCUGGAGGAGAGCAUGUCACUCUAGGUUGGCAUGAAAAGGAUGAUUUGAGGGUUGUGGUCAAUUAUCUGCGUGCGGAUGGAAAUGUCUCUUUGAUUGGCUUGUGGGGACGCUCAAUGGGUGCUGUGACUAGCCUUAUGUAUGGAGCUGAGGAUCCUUCAAUUGCAGGGAUGGUUUUAGAUAGCCCCUUCUCUGAUUUGGUUGAUUUAAUGAUGGAACUUGUAGAUACAUACAGAUUCCGUCUGCCAAAAUUCACAGUGAAGUUUGCAAUUCAAUACAUGCGAAAAGCAAUCCAGAAGAAGGCAAAAUUUGACAUAAUGGACUUGAACACCAUUAAGGUAGCAAAAGCUUGUUUUGUUCCUGCUUUACUUGGGCAUGCCAUUGAUGAUGAUUUCAUACGUCCUCAUCACUCAGAUCGUAUACUUGAGGCUUACAUGGGAGACAAAAGCAUAAUUAAAUUUGAGGGAGAUCACAAUUCUCCCCGUCCUCAAUUUUAUUUUGAUUCCGUAAACAUCUUUUUUCACAAUGUUUUACAACCUCCAGAAGAUGAGCUUGGGGAAUCAUUUUUUGACAUUGUGAAUGAUUACUUUGGUAAGGACGUUUGGAGAUCUGUGCAUGAAUUUGCCCUUGGCAAUGAACCGUCAUUUCGAAAUAAAGAACCAUCAACAAGCAGUACUGUGGAUGACAUUAAGCAAGUCCGUUCAAAAAGACCAAUGAGUAGGAUGGAGGUUCCAUCAGAUAUAUCCUCAAAAGAUGGACGGCAUGACUCUAAGGUAGAGAAAUGUGAUGAUCUUUCCUCAUCGUCUUCUACGAUGAUUAGUUUUGAAUUAUCAAACGGUCGUCUCUAUAGUCCCCUUGUUCCAACCGAUCUAGAUGAUGAUCACUACGUGGAAUAUCAACUUGAUGACUUUGCAGGUUUUCCAUCUAGUGCAAAAGAACAAAAAAAUAUGUGUAUGGAAGCAGUGAUAGAUCAUUCAUGGAAAGACCAGGAAAUAAGAAAUCCAGAAGGAGAACAACCACCUGUCAGCAGUGCUAGUACUAUGUCUGUAGAGCCAUCAGAUAAGGAUGACUCACAUGCUCCUUCACAUGAGAUUUUCAAACCAAUGGAAACAGAUUCUUCUUUACUCAGCAACAGUUUGCAUUCCACAGCCUCAACAAUUUCCACUGCAUCCAAUGUAUGUGAGCCCUUGAAAGAUGAGUCAAAUUCCAUUUCAGUGAUUCCAAGUCCAGUACCAAGUCUUUCAUCUAGCAAAAUACCACCACCAUCACCACUGCCACCAACAUUGGACACUUCAUCAGUCGCUGAGUCUACCAAUACCGAAACUACUACUUGUAAUGGCAGUUCUGCUAGCUUACAAAGUUCAACAGACACUGACAUAUCACACCAUACCAAAGCCACGUUAACUGUUAUUAAGAAUCCUGCAAGCCAUGUCUUGAAUGGCUUAAUACGACGAUGGGAUUUCAACUUUUUCAGAAACAGUCACAAUCGAUAAGAUUAGAGUGUCGUUUAUCCUCAGUUGGUUAUUGUUAUUCAUUGAUUUUGUAACUAAAAAAUAUUUGUAGUUUGUAAAAUGCUCUCCACAAAAGAAAUAGGUUGCUUGUACUUAAGUUCUAUGAAUGUUUAGAUUAUCAUCUACCAUUCAUCUAAUGUUCUUUCGCUGUAAGAGAGUUGUUGUGUUUUUACCCGGUGGAACAAAAAUUACUGGAAGUGCCCGUUAUUGGUUCAUGCUUAUGCAUGAUUAUUUUCUUAACAAUCCUCUAAUGCUUUUUCAUUUUUUCUUCAUGAAGAUUGGUGUAAUUGUGUGCAACUACUGCUGCAUUCCGGGUUCUCUUUAGAAGUCUUGUAAAAAAUGUAAUAAUAACGUUAAGAGUGACAAUUUACGUACCUACAAGAACCACAUACCUGAUAUCACGUACCUGCGCAGGUAUCUAUGGUAUGAAAGUUGAGCAAUGUAAAUGGUUCUUUAUUAUGUUGACAAAUUGUUAUAAA